GUCGGCCCUCGAGUGGACUGGCGUCUGGAACCCGCCCUAGAGCUGCGCCCCAAGCUGCAGCGCGCAUUCAGCUCGCCACCCAAGAGCAGCCGGGACGCGCUGUUGUCGCCAGAGAACGACCGCGGCGGGCUAGGGACCAGAGCCCCUUAGCUUCGCUCUGGGGAAGCUGAGUUGAGAUGGCAUUGAACUGUGAAUGGCUGACUAAUUUCUCACCAGAUCAGGAGGUGAAGUGAGAAUGAAGACCAACAGUUGAGCCUGCCACACCACGGUAUUCAUUUCUUCAACUAUAUUAACAUUUUAACAAAAAAAAAUGGAUUUUUUAAACGCAUCAGACCAAAACUUGACCUCUGAGGAACUGUUAAACCGAAUGCCAUCCAAAAUUCUGGUAUCCCUCACUCUGUCUGGGCUGGCAUUGAUGACAACCACCAUCAACUCCCUCGUGAUCGCUGCGAUCAUUGUGACUCGGAAGCUGCACCACCCAGCCAACUAUUUAAUUUGUUCCUUGGCAGUUACAGAUUUUCUUGUAGCUGUCCUGGUGAUGCCCUUCAGUAUUGUGUACAUUGUGAGAGAGAGCUGGAUUAUGGGACAAGUACUCUGUGACAUUUGGCUGAGUGUCGACAUCAUCUGUUGUACGUGUUCCAUCUUGCAUCUGUCGGCUAUAGCCUUGGAUAGGUACCGCGCCAUCACAGAUGCAGUUGAAUACGCCAGGAAGAGGACUCCCAGGCAUGCCGGCAUCAUGAUCACGAUCGUGUGGGUUAUAUCUGUGUUCAUCUCUAUGCCUCCUCUCUUCUGGAGGCACCAAGGAACUAGCCGUGAUGAUGAGUGUGUCAUCAAACAUGACCACAUUGUUUCCACAAUUUACUCCACGUUUGGAGCUUUCUACAUCCCGCUUGUAUUGAUAUUGAUCCUCUACUACAAAAUAUACAGAGCAGCAAGGACACUGUACCACAAGAGACAAGCGAGUCGGAUGAUAAAGGAGGAGCUGAACGGUCAAGUCUUCUUGGAGAGCGGUGAGAAGAGCAUUAAACUGGUCUCCACAUCCUACAUGUUAGAAAAAUCCUUGUCCGAUCCAUCAACGGACUUUGAUAGAAUUCACAGCACCGUGAAAAGUCCCAGAUCGGAACUGAAGCAUGAGAAAUCUUGGAGAAGACAGAAAAUCUCAGGCACCAGAGAACGCAAAGCAGCCACUACCCUGGGAUUGAUCUUGGGUGCAUUUGUAAUAUGUUGGCUGCCCUUUUUUGUAAAAGAAUUGGUUGUUAAUGUCUGUGAAAAAUGUAAAAUUUCUGAAGAAAUGUCAAACUUUUUGGCAUGGCUUGGUUACCUGAAUUCCCUUAUAAAUCCACUGAUUUAUACCAUCUUUAAUGAAGACUUCAAGAAAGCUUUCCAAAAACUUGUACGAUGCCGAUAUUAGGAUAAAAGAAACCUAAUUUUAAAGUGCGGAGGCUUUAUUUGUUGGGGGGAGGGGCAGGGAUAAUUAAAUGAAUGUAAAGUAAGAAAACAUUUAAAUUUUUAGAGAAAAUAUAUUAAAACUGCUAAAAUUAUAAGAGGAUAAAUUUAUUUUUAAUAGCACCAAGAAAAUAAGAUGUAUUCAUUUGGCCAUAAUUUUAAUGUUCUCAAGAUUAGGAAAUAAUUUAUGCAGCUCAGCUCGUAAUAUUUUGUCUAUGCAAUAUACCUAAGAAGCUAACUAGAAAUACAUAUAUAUAAUAAUUGAUAAUAUAUGCAUAUAUAUUAUCAAUUACAAUGCUUUCCAGGUUUAUAUGUUACAACAACUAGAGACAUUUUUAACUAGCAUCUUUCCACUGGUAAUUUCUGUCACCUCAUUGCUUAACCACUAUUUAUAGAAAAAUAUUCAAUGUAAUGCUACUAUUGCCCCUUCUCCAUCUUCUCCACUACAAAGGUGGAGAUAUAGCAACAGCAGCUCCUAUUUAGCCUUAGCAGAGAAGAUAUGAAGCUCAGCGGCUUUGAUAGUGUCCUCACAUUUGGACAGUAAAAAUAAUCAUCCAAUGAGCUAGAUAUGGGAAAUAUUUCAAUAUCCUGCAUUUUCUGCACAUUUGCAAUCUUUACUUAUUUUGAUAUCAAGUUCUAGAAUAAUAUUAUCUUAACCAUAUAUCUGUAUUUAAAAUCAAAGCCCCAAGGUUAGAGGAAAGGUUUAUUAUGCAAUUACUGUAUAAUUGUUAUAUACAUUGCCCCCUGUCUAGGAAUCAAGCUCUAAACACUAAGGACCUUAACUAACUCACUGUAAUUAACAUACUUCUAGUGUAAAUUUUAUUUUUCUCCACCAAUAUUAUUAGGUCCAGUUUUUAUAACUCAUCUCCAUAUCUUAAGAUCUGAACAUCAUUUCUUUUUUAUUACAGAGAAUAUAAUAAAAAACUUAAAACUUUGCUUUGACUUUAUAAAAAAAAGUUUUUCCUAUUAUAAUUAGGACACCUUUCACAAAUCAAGACCAUUUGAAAAACAACGUAUUUGAAAAACGACACAUACAUUUGAAAUGUAAAUAAAGAAAAUAUCU